AUGAAAACGAUAGAAAUGAUGGUUACAAAGUUUUUUUGUAUACUUAUUUCAGCUUUUCAGGUAAAGGGCUACUGCUCCACUAGAAAAUGUAAAAAGAUCUCUUUUGAUGAGCAACAAGAUGCCAGUCAUGACAAAGAGCUUGUCGGCCAUGUCUUCCACAAUUCUGUCACUUCAAACCCACAGCAGUGCUAUCUUUUGUGUAUGAACGACUGUCGAUGUUUGUCGAUAAACUACAAGGUUAAGAACGACAUCAAAUACUGCGAGUUGAACGAAGGCAGCCAUUUUACCAACAAAAACUCCCUGAAAAACAUCCACGGAAGCGUUUACUACGUACUGCGGAAAUAAUACACUACUAAGGUACUAAAUUUCUCAAUUUUUUUAAAAUUUUAUUUUUAUUUUUGUAUUUUUGCAAUGCAUCUUUGUAGCCUUCAUCUUGAGAUAAAAGGUGUUUAAUAGAGAAUAAUACAUGGGCGCGCUUACAUUUGGAAUUUCUCUUCGAGUGUUUCACUCGAUAGCUCACGAGUGAGCACAACGAAAGAGAAGAAUUUACCAAGUUAUUAAACUUUAUUACGUCAUAGGGUAUUUUUUUCCAUGAUUGAUUCCAGGUAUUCAUCUUGAUAUAUUCGCCAUUCAUUUGUUAUGUUAAAAACCGAAGAAGCUUCUGCCUGAUGAUAAACUACAAAACUAGGUCCGGUGGAUGUUAAUGUCUUUCCCAAAAGUAUUUCAAAACAGAGAACAUCGAUUGUUUUGAGCUCGAGGUAACAGCUGCAAAAAGAUGUUGGAAGAUUUAAAUUAUUGUCCAAAACUGAAAACUUAAAAAAAACCCUACUAUUCUUCCCAGUCUGUAUUUUAAGGUCCUCUUUUAUUCGGGUCUUGAAAGUAAACACAUUUCCUUUUUUAAAUUUUUAUGAAAAAAGAUUAAUCUUUCGAAUGAUGAAGAACAAAAAUAGAAUUAGACAACUAACCGGAGAAACAUUCAAAUAAAGAAGUGCUCCUGGCAGGUGUAACAGCUUCUCACCAGCGAGGAUUAUUUGAAUAUCAUUCGCCGGUCAAAAAUAUAAUAGAAUUUAAUUCUAGAGAAACUAUUGAAAACAAAUUGUCACAAAAUGGAAAAAUCCGUCUUUUUCCCGAUUCAGUGGUAAAAAAUGUAAUUGUUUUACAAAACGAGAUUGACCUAAGUAAUGAAGAGAAAUAAGAAAAUCGAAGACUCACUGAUCAGUUUUAUCGAAUAUUUGACAUUGGGUGAUCUCGCUUGUUUGAAUAUUCGAAAAAGGGUUAAUUUCAAGAGACCAUUAUGGCAUGGUCAGUAUGAAAAAUAGCCUAUCAGAACGAGGCAUUAGAGAUUUCGGGAGCGAUCGUGAUUGCUUGCAAACUUGAUGAGAGGAAAAGCUAGGUUUUGCAACAUUUUUCUGUCAAAAACAAAACAAGAUCAUGAUAUUAAAAUAAUGAUGAAAACAUGUUUCAAUUUUUUCAUUAAUUUUUGCAUAGAAGGCUCCUAACCACAUCGUUCCAUGUACUGUUGACGUCAUGUGUACCAAUGGCUGCUGCAGGAACAAUCCGUGUCUCAAUGGAGGAACUUGCACUGAGAUCUGUCAGCCCACAAGUGUUCGGUACAACUGUUCCUGUCCUGUACCGUUUGUCGGUAAACACUGCGAGAUUCAGCUGAGAAGAAGCUGUCAGAAUUAUAAAGCAGCCAGGUUCACCGCCUCUGGAUUGUAUUCCGUCAUUGAUGACAGAAACCAAACUUUCCAAGUAUUCUGUGAUUUUGAUUCAGAGCCUGGGUUCGCUUGGAACCUGAUUAAGUCAUUCAAUUUGUCCAACAACCACCUUUUUAAGGUAAUUUUCCCAAGAUUUUAAAGCCAUAAAGAAAUAUACCCUGUACAUCCUCGUCUACACAAAAUAACGAGGAUGCGAAAAUUAAGUGCCCUUAAAAAUGAAAUACCUUCAUUUUGAAUUUUUUUCUUCAUAAGUUAAAUUCGUCUGUCUUCUUGGAAGCUUUCGUCAUCAAUGAUGUCUUUGAAUGAUUCUGUCAACAGAAGAAAUCUUGUUUUAUACACAAUGACUAUCCAGACUCAAGUACCAUCAGCAGUAAUACUUCAAAUUGACAAGUGUACGUUAUAAAAAAAUUCAGCCUAAUUUUUGUUUCAAGCUGCUAGAAUCUUAAGUUCAUGGAUGUGAUAGUGAUCUUUACCAACUGAAGUUCACAUUUUCUGUCUACAGCUUAUCGUAUUUUACGAUAACUACCAAGCCAUCAGCGGUGAUGCCCCAAAUUGGCAGGCAUACCUCAUGAAACGACCCUACCUCCUUUGGCUCAGAGAUCACUCGACUCACUGGAGAGCUACUUGCCGAUACGACACAGAUGGUACCGUACAUACAGAUUACUUGAGAGCCUCGCUUGAAGACUUCGACAUCAUUAGACAGGUACCCAUAGUGACCGAUGACUGUCGACCUUACGAAUAUGUGAACAUCCGGGGAAAUGAGUGUGUGAAUUGCACAGCGAGAACCUGGUAUAAAAAAGGAGCUUAUCCUCUCCAUAUCGACAGUUCCAAACAGAAUGGCUGUGAUUCCAGUGGAAGCAUUUCAAACCAAGCCGUACACAGCGAGGACAACUUUGGUUUCUAUGACGUGGUCAAUCCCAAAUUUCGAUGUACUUCAAGCCAAAAUGCAACGACUCAGUUCUGGAUUGGAGGCACUUUAUGACUUUCUAAUACCUGAUCCAGUUCCUAUUAAAAUGCAGGAAGUUCACUUGACCCAGGCAGACAUCUAUCCACCUUAAAAAUGUUAUUACACUUAUAAAGUUAGAGCUCUAUAAAAGAUUUAUCUUUGUGGGUACCUUAGCGGUUAGAUAUAUGGGGGUCGGUAACCUCUCACACACUGCACAGGAUGAAAUAGCUCAAUUAAGUUGCCUUAAAGUAACUUAAAGGCUAACAUAAGAAACAUGAGGUCUCACAGUUAUUUGCACUAGAGGUUUAGUAACCUUAUAAGUUUUGGUAAGAAAUGCAACGGCAUUUAGCAGUUAAAGCUCUGUUUUAUCUUUAAGAUGUGUUCUUCAUUCUAGCUUUUCUUCCCAUACUAGAAAUUGUCCCAUAAACAAUAAAUUCAAGGUUAAACUAUAGGCACACUUUCGCACUACCAACCACAGUCGAGAGUUAGUUCAUUAUUUGAAACAAUUUUAGCAAUUACUGUAGAAUGUGUGAGUGAGCUUUACUGAAAAGCAAUGUAACUUUUAAUAAGUAAAUUGUUGGAUUCUCAGUCUGAAAGUUGUAACUUUGUGUGGAACUGUAAGGAAGAAAUGUACAUGUGUGCCCUUCUAAGUGUGCCAAAGAACUGUUCAUAAUUCUCUAUUGUAGAGAGUUUAAUUUUUUGUGAAGUAAUCAUUAAUUGGUUUUAAUUUUCAUAGUAAAUAUAGUCAAAAUACACUUCCCUCCGAUUGUUGUACAAAUGGUACACAGUGACAUGAUGUGUGACAAACUGUAUGACACUUUCCUGCAUAGACGAUUAAGGUAACCCAAAGAUUGAAUCUUGCCUGUAUGAGUGAAGGCAAAUUAUUAUGUGCAUUACUCCUCAGACUUUCAAAUUACAUUUCACGGAGACCUUUCGAUUUUUCCAGAUUGUAUAUAUAUAUAUAUAUAUCUCUGAAGGUUGAACUAAUCAUUAAGACAUAACUUUUCUGUGACUCCGAGUUUCUCGCUUACGCGAUCAUCGGACAGAUUUAAAUCUUAUUGAUUAGUUCAACCUUCAGAUAUACCACGCUCUGCGAACGCGUCGAGCACUUUACCGCAAAGAUAGACUAUAAUCAAGAUAUACAUAUAAUUGUUCUUUCAUCAAAAUCGUUCAACUGAGUUUCACCCAUCAUUCUUUUGCCAUUUCGUUGAGUCAUAACUGUUUCUUUUUUUACCAGCGAUUGGUCCGGGGAAUAUUUCAUAUGUGGCUUGUUUUAUUUCAGUACUUCAUACAUUUGCAAAAGAGACACGAGCUUUAAUGCAAAGCAAUUGAGGCAAGGGGGGGUUCAUUUAAACGCUAGAUGUAAACUCUAUGAGCAGUUUGUCUGUUUACCUCCUAAAACUGCGUCAAUUACCAGCUUAGAAUUUCGAAAUCAAUGAAACUCUUAUUUGACCAUCAAAUGACGAAGUAAGUUGAAGUUUUGUUUCUCACGUUUAUUUUCCUGAAAGUUCAGGGCACAUUGCCCGAAAGAAAUAAAAAUUUCACUUGAUGUGCAAAUAAAACCCUUUUCCGCGGUGCAAUCGUUCCUUCCCCUUUGCAGUGGUGAUUUCAAUCACUCUGAUUAAAACCUCCGCUAUCAACAUUGAUUGGAGGGAUGUGGACUGACUCGAUCACAUAAAAUACACAAGAUUAUUCCAUAUGGAAUCAAGAACUUAAGUCAAACCUAAGCAUUGACAGGAUUUGGAAACCAAACCCUUAUCGGUACUUUCUGUGAACAUCAGUAAAAAAUAGCCACUGGAAUACUGAAUUGAAAGAGUUAGUUAGACCCCAUUCAAACUGCUAUUUCUUUACUUGGACAGAAACAGUAUCUAAAAAAAUUACUAUUUGAGACAGGUAUGGGGAAGGUAAACUUAACUGCAGUAGGUUAAGAAUACUUUUAAGAUCUUUAUUCACACAGGCUUCGACGUUUUUACAGAAUAAAAACUGCAUCAUUGGCAUCAUGAGUGAUCUAAUAUUUCUCAUGUUAGGUAGAUUAUUGACUUAUCAAAUUUACCUUCACAACGACAAUAUUUCAUGCGGUAAAGUAGCGAUUGUCGUUUACUGUAGCGUUAAAUUUGUGAUAGUGUCAAAAUGAACCAUAGCCAGCGGACCGUGCGAGUUUUACGAUGGCCGGAGGUUGCAGGAUAACGUGCUUUACCAAUAUAAAUCUUAUUAGCAUGACAAGACGAUCCUGAAAAAUGAUGAUUGAAUGUCACAGACGUUAAUUACAGCACAAUAAUAGAAUAAUAGACACAGUAAUUGCUAAUAGAAUUAGAAAGAAAGGACUAGUAAACUUUAAGUUCCGUAGACGGAUGGGGACUGGUAAUCAAAUCUCAGACCUCCCGAUUUUGCGGUAAGAUACUCUACCAUUGAACUUAAAAAAACUGAUCAGCAAAGGCAUGAUUUAGAUGCAAUAAGCUUAAGUGUCCUCUCUACAACUAAGAUCAGUACUGUCCUAUUUAUUUGCACGUUCACUUUCCAUUUGUAGCCAGAAAAGCCUUAUCACGAUCAAGAACGGGAAAAUAACUCACAUAUCUUGCCAAACCAUCAGAGACUCUAGAACUUACUCUCUCGCGGCCACAGCGCAUACAUAUAUAUUUGACAAGGAGCGUGACUUACCAAUUACGCUGUCCUUUUCAGCCCUGUCACUUUAAGAUUUGAGUGGCCCAUUCCCGCCUCAUUUGUAGCCUACAUUCAAUUGUACCAACAUUGAUUCCCUUUUUUGUCCAGGGUUAAAUAUAAGUGAACUUGUGACUUGAAGGUAAUGCACCUCUUAUCUCAAAGUCGGACUUUAAAAGUUCUCAGUCAGAGAUUAGGACGAAAAAGGCUUAGAAGUUGUAGGUAGACAAUUAGAGGUCCAACGCCGGAAGUCAGAAAAUCACACGUCAUAGCCGACAAAACAACUCCAUAAUCAAAUUUCCAAAAUGCGAAGUCUGAGGUCGGAAAUAGAACUCAGAACUCCGAACUGGAAUGUCCGAAAUCUUAAGUCUGAGGUCCGAAAUGGAAAAAUUUUAAAUCGAUAGCCGCAAAUAGAAAUCGAACGUAAAAGUAGAAGUCAGAAUUACUGUUGUGACGACUGAUCCCCCUCUCCGUUCCCCCUGAAAACCAUGCGAUCCCCCCUCCCCCCGCCCCUUCAAGGGCCCAAGGGCCUUUUUCUCGAAGGUUCUGCUAACUAAAAAUAAAGCUGUUCUGUUUUCCUUCAAGUUGGGAGUUCCAGAAGAAAAUAAAAAUUAUGGGCCACGGAUGACUACCAAGCCAUCAGCGGUGACGACCCAAAUUGGCAGGCAUACCUCUUGA